AUGCACGGCGUCAAGCGAACAAAAGUCUCGCCCGAGGCGGCAGAGGCGAAGCGACUGAAGGAGCUGGGCAAGAUCCAGGCGUACCUGACGCUGGAGGAAGACGUGCUUGCGCGCGCAAAGGACUACUCUCCAGAGGCGCUGAAGAAGACAACGGAGCUGCUCGACCUGAAUCCCGAGUUCUACACGGUGUGGAACUACCGGCGGCAUAUCUUGACGCGAGAAAUUGUCGCGCUACUCGGGGCUGAUCUCCGUCUGACGGUAGCGUACCUCAAGGUGCACCCGAAAGUGUACUGGAUCUGGACGCACCGCAUGUGGUGUCUCGAGAACAUCCCCAGGGGACCAGGCGACACGGAGGGCUGGCGAAACGAAAUGUGGAAGGUCGAGUUUGGACUCGUCGAGAAGCUGCUCGAGUCAGAUGCGCGUAAUUUCCAUGCCUGGGGAUACAGACGGUACAUUCUGCGCAGCCUGCCCGAGACAGCGGAGAAGAGGACGCCGCAGGACGAGCUCAAGUACACGACGCGCAAGAUUGAGGCGAGCUUCUCCAACUUCUCGGCUUGGCACUACCGCACGAAGCUUUUGGGCAAGAUGUUCGAGGACAUGACGCCGGAGCAGAUUGCGGAGAAGAAGGAUGAGGGUGAGCUUCACGUGCUUGAGGCGUAA